UAAAACUUAGCAAAAUUAAAUAGAACUUUAAAAUAAAGUUGUUGUUAAAGAGUUUCAUAAAGAUAUUUUAUGGUUAUAUUUCUUAAUUUUAUAUAAAUUUUAUUCAGUAGAGCGAAGUUAUAUAACAAUGUGUAAAAAAAUUUUGCUUUGUACGUUUCUAUUAGUUUUAAUAAUUACAUUCAAAGUAUACGGUGCAAAAAAUAUGAUACAAGAUUGCUUAAAAUGUGGAAGUGGUAUUCCAGAUAACACAGAUAUUCAAAGACUAAAAGUUCCUUCUGCGCCUACGAAAGUAACGGAUGCUGUGAAGUCAUUAAGAAGCGGUAAAUUUAUAUUUGGAGAUGUAAUUGAUGAUGUUAUAAAUUGUUUUAUAAAAGAAAACAAGAAGGAAGACACUAUUUUAUACGUUUCGUCAUAUAUCUAUAUUUGUGUUCGUGAAAAAAAUUUUUCUCCUUUCAUCGAAUAUAUGACAAAUUUAAUAACUCAAGAAAAAACAAUUAUUUUAGUUAAUAUACACGUUGGUUCAUCAGCUUUCAGUUAUCAUUGGGUUUUGGGAGUAAUUAAUUUGGUUUCAAAACAAAUAAUUAUUUUAGAUUCAGAAAAAAUAAUUAGAAUAAAUUUAUAUGAAAUUUUACAUUUCAUAAUGUGUACUUACUUUAAUAUAAGAACAUUCUAUGAUAAUUCAAUACCCAAACCAAUUGCGAGUGAAUGGGAAUUCAUUCUUGCCAAAAAUGCCAUACGGCAAUAUAAUUGUACUGAUUGUGGUAUUUAUGUAUGUAUACAUGCUUAUCAUUAUAUAACCAACGAGAACUUCUUUCGAUUAAAUUCAAAUGAUGGUAGACAAUGGCUUUAUUAUUAUUAUAACAUGUAUAAUGAAAAUAAAACGUCUAUCUUAAAUGAAGGCUCUUCAUCCAAUCAAAAUUCACUAAGUGAAGAAGAUAUAAACAAUAUUAUUGAAAUAACUAAGCAAGAGAUAAAAAAGGUUGAAUACAACCAAGUUCAAUGUAUAAAUGUAGAAUAAAAUAAAAAAUAAAAAAAAAAUUGUUUUUUUGAUUUUGUUAUUAGAUUAUUAGAUAGUUAAAAUUAACUUUCUUUUAUUAUAAUAUUAUUUAAUAUUCACAUUAUACACUUUUAGAAUAUUUUUAAUUUUUAAAGAAGUAUAUUUAUUUGUUACUAUUUCUUAAUUUAUAAAAUUUUAACAGACGUGACUAGUAAAACCCAACAAAAUGGAAUGCGUGUUUUAUAUAUUAACUGUAUUAAUGAAUAAAAAUCAAAAAAUUUAUACAGAAUGAUUUUUUAUUAUACCCAUUUUAUUACUUACAGAAUAAAAAUUAUUUAAACAUGUUUUUGUUGGUUACCUUUAGUUAUAUAUUAUUUUUGAAUUUUUAGCUAUAUAAUUUUUUUUUUUGUUCAUCCUUUAUACCUUGUAUGGGUGUCAGCUUUUUUUUAAAUGGGAACAAAUUUGCAUAUUAGAUAUACAAUUUUACGCAGUAUUUACUGUCAAUUAUGACUAUCAAUAGAAAUAAUUUCUUUAUUGCCAGUUGAUGUAUUUAUUAACUAAAAAAAUUGUGCCGUAUUACCUUUGAUAAUAAAUGCUCCAUAUAUACAAAAGUCAACGUCAUAAAAAUACAAUUAGCUUGUUGUGUUUGUAAUUCCUCAUUUUAUUAUACAUGUGUGUUAUCUCAAAAAUUCAAAACCUAAAAAUUUGAUAUCUAAUAAACGAAAAAUCUUAUAUUAAAAAUUA